UCACACGCACAGAGACACACACACAGAGAGAGAGGGAGAGAGAGAGACAGAGAGGGAGAGAGAGGCUACAUGACUCCCAUCAUCUAAUCAUCAGAACAAAAGGAGUUCCACUACUCCUCUAUUCGAUGUCGAGCGAGGGAACGAAGGUGAGGAUAAUUGAGACCCAGUUCGUGGAAACGGACGCCAGCCACUUCAAAUCCAUCGUCCAGAGCCUCACCGGGAAGGACUCGACGACGGUGGCGGCGAAGGCAUCUGAGGACCCCAGCGGCUCCGGACGUAAGACCGGGAGGGCUCAAGAAUCUAUUGGUCCGGCAGGAGGGGGACGAGAGCGAGGAAACGAUCCAGCGCCAGCCACACGGGUGCAAGAGAGGGAGCCCAUGGGAGCGCCAACCUUGGACGAGCUGCGCCGUCAGCAGCUGUGUCACCCACAUCGGUUGUAUACGAGAUGGAACAGCAAGCGCUGGAGUGGAUGAAUGAAAUCAUGGCAACGAGACGGUCACAGCAAGCAAUUAAAGUUCUUUCAUUUACCAGCCGAACAGCCCUUGCUCCCACCAACUGUUGGCUGAGUCCCACCUUAUGUGAGGUGGGACCCAGCUAAGUGAGAAAAAAAAAACAAAAAGAGGAAAAGAAGAGUUAGGAUUUAUUUUAUUGGAGGGUGAAAAAGAAGAAAAAUUGAGGAGCCUCCUUGGUGAAGUGCUUGUAGAAUCCAUCUCAAGAAGGAGGUGAAGAUUUUAUUCAAGGCAUCUCAAGAGAAAGAAGAACUUUGUGCAAAGCUACACUCGGUGAGAUUGUUCUCAUUUUAUUAUUAAAUUUUAUGUCAGUUCUUUGUUUUUGAUCCAAGAAAGAGUUUCUUGAUGUAUAUGAUCCUCUAGCCUAGCCUAUAAAAGAUACUUUGUAAGCCCAUUACUGUU